AUGGGAGGUGACAUCACUGACAUCAUUGAUGGGUGUAAGGGCAAAGAAAGUGUAGAGAAAGUGCAGGUGUCAGAGAAAAAACUGGGAGGUGUGGGAAUCAUACCUAAGAGGAGAAAGCAGAAAGGGGAUGAACUCUGCAGUUCACACAGUAAACAUGAAGUGAGAUAAGAUCUGCUCAUAUUUGUUGUGGAAAGAAAAAUGGGAUCAAGCAGAAGAAUGUUCCUGAUGGACUUAGCACGUAAGAAAGGAUUCAGAGUUGCUGAUGUCAUGAGUGAUUCAGUCACACAUAUUGUAACUGAGAAUAACUCCUGGAAUGAGAUUUGGGACUGGAUUCAAACCCAGAAGAUGUCAGAUGCCGACAAGCUAAAUUUACUUGAUAUCUCCUGGUUUACAGAUAGCAUGGGCGCUGGAAAACCUGUGGACAUAGAGGAACGCCACAGACUGCAGGUGCAGAAGACCUGUCUGCUUCAAUCAGAUCUACCAUCAGCUUCACCAGUGACAACUGUCUCUCAGUAUGCAUGGCAGAGGAAAUCAACACUCGACAAUAAAAACAAGAUUUUCACGGAUGCAUUGGAUAUUUUGGCAGAAAAUUGUGAGUUCAAUGAAAAUCCUGGCUCCUACGUGGUAUAUUCAAGAGCAACAUCAUUGCUAAAAUCACUUCCUUAUACAAUAAGUGGAAUGAAUAACCUGGAGGGGCUGCCCUGUAUUGGAGAACAAACAAGAAUUAUAAUUGAGGAAAUUCUGGAAGACGGGGUUUCCUCUAAGGUUGAGAGUUUGUUGCGCGAUGAGAAGUACAAAGCAAGAAAGCUGUUCACCAGUGUCUUUGGUGUGGGAGUGAAGACAGCUGACAAGUGGUAUGGACUAGGGUUUCGGACAUUAGAGGAAGUAAAAGCAGCCAAGGAUCUGGCAUUUACCAAAAUGCAGAGGGCAGGGUUCUUGUACCAUGAAGAUAUCAUACAAGCUGUAAGUAAGACAGAGGCAGAAGCUGUGGGUCAAAUGAUUGGAGAUCUUGUCCGUGAAUGCGCCCCUAACGCCCAGAUGACUUUAACAGGAGGAUUUAGAAGAGGUAAAGAGGUUGGCCAUGAUGUGGACUUUAUAAUCAGCUGCCUCGAGGAAGGGGAUGAAGAAGGUCUUCUCCAAAAAGCAAUCAGUAAGCUGAACCGUCGGGGUUUGCUUCUGUUCUGUGAUUUUGUGGAGGCCACUAUGGAAAAGAGAAAACUACCCAGCAGAAAAUAUGACACCAUGGAUCAUUUCCAAAAAUGCUUUCUGAUUCUAAAAUUAGACAAAAGACUUGUGGACAAGAGAGAGCUCAAUGUGGCCUCCGGGUCUGCAGUGAGGCUAACUGAUAAGAGAACAGAACACGAAAACAAGACUAUGAUUAAAGGCUGGAAGGCUAUCCGUGUGGAUCUGGUUAUUGUGCCUGCUCAGCAGUAUGCCUUUGCACUGUUAGGAUGGAGUGGAUCAAGACAAUUUGAACGUGACUUAAGAAGAUAUGCCAACCAAGAGAAAAGCAUGUUACUAGACAACCAUGGUCUAUAUGACAAAAAGAAGCAAGUAUUUCUUCAGGCUAACACUGAGGAAGAAAUCUUCGCUCACCUGGGCUUGGAAUACAUUGAACCAUGGGAAAGAAAUGCAUAAUCUCCAGAAGAAAAAAGUGCCUUUUCAAUAAAAUUCGCUCAAUACAAUUUUGGCAGAGGAAAAAUAUUUUUGAUUUCAAAGCACAUUGGUUUGUGAAAAUCUAAUACAACAUUAAUUGUCAACCUUGAGCUUCUAAAUCAUGCUCUCAUGUCUAGCUGCAGGAUGUGACAGUACAUAAAUCGCAAAUAAAACUAUUUUGUAGAAAGCUACUCAGCCGCUCAACAAUGUAUCUUUCAAUUGAUGGAGAUUUAGGGCCAUAGAAAAUAGUGUGGGUGAUCUGUACCUCAAUGCCAUUCUCCCAC